UGGUAUGCCUAUCUGAAGAGGAUAGUGACUUUGGUUUAAGGUUUUUAAGUCUCUUCCUAAGCCUCAAAAGGUUCAUCAUGGCUUCAGGAGGCGCGAAAUCAGCAGCAUUCGUCCUGUUACUCCUCAAUCUCCUGCUCUACUUCGUUGUGAGUGUCAUCGCCGUGUGGGCUGUGAAUCAUGCCAUCAUGAGAUCUCGAGAAACUGCUUCAGUUUUGGAGGUCCCGGCCCGUAUAUUCCCGAUAUACUUUCCGUUCGGAAACAUGGCAACUGGAUACCUAGUCAUCUUCUCACUGAUCGCAGGGAUCGUGGGCAUGACGACUUCGGCUACCGGCAUCCAGAACAUCACUCGAGGGGGUAUCGCAAACUUGCACGCGGCUGCCGCCUCUUCUCUCAUCACUUUGUUUCUAACUUUUUUGGCUAUGGGAUUGGCAUGUAAGGAAAUCGACAUCGGCUGGACUGAUGCGAAUCUGAGAACUCUAGAAGUAAUGGUGAUAUUUGUGAGUGCAACCCAGCUCUUCUGUACCGGUGCCGUUCAUGCCGGGGUUUCAGAUGUUACAAACACACAAAGUGCCUACCGCGGUGGAAGAGUUUGAAGCCAAUCCAACCGUCUAGUAUAAACUGCUUGAACAAGCCCUUCUUCAAAAACGUCAUCUGAGUCCCAACCUUCUGUUCUGUAAAUUUUUUUCUUCCCUAUUUUUCGUAUUAUACUCCAGGGGCUGGUUAUCUGAAGGAGUGUUUAAUCUGAUGUAUUCUCGGCGUGUCGUGUGAAUUUUCAUAAUCACUGAUAAAGAACGAAACCCCGUGCCUCUGAAAUCGCAAUA